AUGAGUGAAUGUUUGAAAUUUAAAAGACCAGGUGAAGAAUGCAUGGAAUAUGCAAUUAUUUCACACAAUAUUGACUUUGUUACAUUCUUGAUGAAUGAAUACAAUAUAGAGAUCAGAUUACUUUUUUGCGGAAAAUAUAAAAAUCUUGAAUCAUUUUUGGUUUAUUUCGAUCAAACUAAGGAUAUUAACCAAUGCUUUGUUUAUUCAGUGAUGUUUAAUAUUCCAUCCCUUUUCGAUCAUUUCCUUUCACUUGAUGCAAAUAUCAAUGAAAAAAAUAAAAAUGAAGAAACCACUCUUCAUAUUGCAGCAAUGAACAAUAGUAAAGAAACGGCCGAACUUCUUAUUUCACAUGGUGCAAAUCUUAAUGAAAAAACUGAAGAUGGAAAAACCACUCUUCAUUAUGCAGUAUAUUAUAUUAGUAAAGAAACAACCGAAUUUCUUAUUUCACAUGGUGCAAAUAUUAAUGAAAAAGAUGAAGAUGGACAAAUCGCACUUCAUAUAGCAGCAUGGAGCAAUAGUAAAGAAAUGGUCGAACUUCUUAUAUCUCAUGGUGCAAGUAUUAAUGAAAAAGAUGAAGAUGGAAAAACCGCUCUUCAUAUAGCAGCAUGGAGUAAUAAUAAAGAAACUGCUGAACUUCUUAUUUCACAUGGUGCAAAUAUUAAUAAAAAAGAUAAAAGUGGAAAAACUGCUCUUCAUAUCGCAGCAUGGAACAAUAGUAAAAAAACUGUUGAACUUCUUAUUUCACAUGGUGCAAAAAAAAUGAUGUUACUGCAUAAGAUAUAUCACUUUCAUCUUCCAAGAUGA